AUGGCUUUCCUCAAUAAGCUGAACCCUACGCCUGGGUUCCCUGCGUAUACAGGGCCAUACAAGGUUGGAUCCGUAGAUGUUGAAGUUCCCACAAGCGAACUGGAGGACCCGAGUGCAAGUGCGCCUCCGUGCGACAUACCGACUGUAGCGUUCAGGAUCUUCUAUCCUUGCAGACAGGAUAGCGAACAGAAGGCUGUCAAAUGGAUUCCAAGCCCGCAGAGAGAAUACAUCAGUGCAUAUGCGAAGUUUUUGGGAGCCAAUAGCGCGUUUGCAAGCGUGUUUUCAUUGAUACCGCAAUUGCUGUACUUUAUCUCGAUUCCCGUCCACCACAACGCAGAUAUCCUCGAACCACCUACGAAAUCAAAGCAAUGGCCCGUCAUGAUGUUUUCCCACGGUCUCGGCGGCUCGCGAAACGCAUAUUCACACAUAUGUGGCUCUUUGGCUAGUCACGGAAUGGUUGUCGUGGCGCCCGAUCACCGCGACGGAAGCGCACCCACUUCCUUCUAUCAUUCACCAAACGAGAAGCUCAAGCUCAAGAGUGUGGAUUACAGGCGUAUAGACCACAAGCCGAGCACCGAUGUAUAUCAUGCUCGAGACGAGCAAUUGCGCAUACGGCUAUGGGAGUUGGGACUAAUUCACGAUGCGCUACUCAAGAUCGAUCAGCGAAAACGCGUCAGCAAUGUUGCAGAAGAACAUUCGAAACAUGGUGGAAAGGACAUGUUGACCAUGUUCUCUAAUCUGCUCAACGUCCACGAGCCGGGCGCGAUCACCUUCGCAGGUCAUUCUUUUGGCGCAUGCACAACGGUGCAAUUCGUGAAAUCUGUAUAUUACCGCUCCGGCGCGCAAAGCUCGAGCUACAAGCCUCUGUUCACACCACGUGAGGAUUCCAGCAUCGUCCGUCAGAUCACUCCUAGGAGUCCUGUGACGCUUCUGGAUCUCUGGACGCUUCCAAUUCAAAGUCCCGAUACCGCCUGGCUUAGAUCGAAGCCAAUGCCAUCUUACGACGCCGCAACUGGCGGCUCGAAUCUGCUCGCCAUCUUGAGCGAAGGCUUUUAUAAGUGGUCGUCCAACUUCCACGAAACAAAGCGCAUCGUUUCUAGACCCUCGGACUCGAAAUCGCAGCAUGGGCCACACAUUUUCUACCCCGUCUCCUCGGCACAUCUCUCCCAAAGUGACUUCGGUGUCCUCUUCCCCUGGGCAACAGCCAAGGUCUUCGGCGCGAAGGAGCCAGAGCGUGUCUUGCGACUCAAUACUCGGGCUAUACUGCAGGUCCUGCGCGAGAGUGGAGUUGAGGUUGGCAACACGAGUUUGGAGGACCUGGAGAUCGAUACGGCGCAUGCGAAAGAGAAGGGUAUUCAACAGGACACCACAAUUCUGAGCAUGCAGAAAGAUAGUGUACGGGGAUGGAUUAACCUGAGCGCUGGUGAGAAUGGUACGGGUGUUGCGGAGAGGAGCAAGCGGGAGGCAAGUCCGCAGGUGGGCGCUGGGCCGGGAGAGGCCAUGUUCCAGGGUGAAGCGAUGGGUCAGGCUGUUCAAGACAGCACGAAGUAA